AUCCAAGGCACUUCUAAAUGAUGUAUCUAAGUAUUUAUGUGAUUAAAUUUAAAUCAAAAAGACAUAAUUUAGAUAGAUAUGGUUCUACAAUUGGAAGUUUUGGAUCCACUUCUAAAUGACAUGUGUCAUUCUAUGAGAGAUGGUAUUUAAAAAAAAAUGUUCUUUGUCACAGGUGAGUUCACAACAAAGCAACCAUGACCUUUUCUUUGUCACUCACCCAUAACAAUUAGAAAACUCAGAUGCAACCAUUGUAAAAAAACAGAUUUGAUUGAAUACAUUUUUAACACAUUCAUUUCAAAAAAUAAUAAUAAGAACUAAUCUUUCAAACAAAAUACAGACAAAACACAUAAUCAAGCUAUUGUAUAGAGACACGAGAAUCAUCUCCAUUGCAGGUCAAGAACAUUAAAACUGAAAAUCCAACAAAAAUUGUGACUAAAAAACCACUAAACAAGAAAAAUAAAGAAGAGAUUCAUCUUUUACUAUGUUUCACUUUGUCAAGAAUUAAACAGCAUUACUAUACUAAACUAGCUCCAAGGAAAGAAAAAAAAACUUGAAAUCAAAACCACAGGUUGAAGACAAAGAACAUACAGUAUUUGCUCCAUAGAAAUUUGCCUAAACACAUUAACCAAGUAAAGAAAGUUUAGCUCCAUCUUAUGCCAUUUAUACAAGAGUGAUGCAAGUAAUCGAAUCUCUAAUUAAUUACAAAUUUUCAGAAUUUUGAAAUUUAAAACCUUUAAUUGGUUCUAUUAUUGGAGGGGCUAAAAUUAAACAAGUAUCUAAAUUUUUUUAAUUUAAUUAUUUUCACUUAAAAAUUGAUUUAGAAUUCUAAUGGUGGAUCUAUUGUUGGAGAUGGUCUAAGGGAUAUAUACAAGUGGAAGUCUAACAAAAAAGGAAAAAAAAAACAGAAUGUUGAGGUCUACUCCAAACAACGAAAUUAAAAUUAAAUCCUUUUUGAAUCAUAAACAAUUCACCAUGUCAAUCCACGGAUCAUACACGGAUAAUACACUACAGCAUGAUAUAAGCCUUUAUUCUGUUAAACGCCAUCUCGCUCUUUUAAAAAGAGAAAAAAAAAAAGUUUAAGUUGUCUCUUCUAUUUCUCAAACAACGUGAUAUUAACUCACUUUGAGUAAAUCACAGCUUAUACUUAUAGAUAAUAUAAAACUCAAAAAGAUUGAACAAACAUUUUCAAACUGAUAAGUAUUUGAAUAAAAUUCUGUUUCCAUAACCUGAACUAGCGGAAAACUAUUCGAAGAUGAUGAUGAAGAUGUUACGAGACAGUGUACAUUCCGUGUGCAUCUAUCUAUAGAUAGACUUUAGUUUUUGUGUAUUCUUGAAGGACAAGAAACCUAUUUUAAGACCAGUUCAACAGAAAGCUGGUGCAGACCACGAUCACAGUUGUAAUAAAUUUUCUAAAAUGGCAACCACUCCUUCUCUUUAAGAACCAGUCUUUCUUCCCUUCUCUUUCUCUAUAAACCCAUUUUUGUUCUCAUUCAUUUUCUCUUCAAAGCUUCUUCUAUAACUAAUAAACCAUAUUAAAUAUGGAUCAAGCAGAGCUUUCCCGGAUAUUCCAAAUGUUCGACAGGAACGGUGACGGAAAAAUCACCAAGCAAGAGCUGAAUGAUUCAUUAGAGAACGUUGGAAUCUACAUGCCGGACAAAGACUUGGUGCAGAUGAUUGAGAAGAUUGAUCUCAACGGUGACGGGUACGUGGACAUCGAAGAGUUUGGAGGGUUGUACGAGACGAUCAUGGAGGAGAGAGACGAGGAGGAAGACAUGAGAGAGGCUUUCAAUGUCUUUGAUCAGAACCGAGACGGGUUCAUCACGGUCGAAGAGCUGAAAUCUGUGUUAGCUUCCUUGGGGCUCAAGCAAGGAAGAACACUAGAGGAUUGUAAGAAGAUGAUAGGGAAAGUGGACGCUGAUGGAGAUGGGAUGGUGAAUUAUAAAGAGUUUAAGCAAAUGAUGAAAGGUGGUGGAUUUGCGGCCUUAGAAUCAAACUUGUAAACAAAGAAAGAAAAAACCCAUUUUAGGGUUAGGGUUUGUGACCCGAUAUCAUUGUUUUUUCUUCAGAUGAUUAGGGCAAAACCUUGAAAGAAAAAUAACAAAUUGAUUUGCAAAGAAAAAACUCGAAAAAACACUUUGUGAGCUUCGUUUUGAAUGCUCCUCUACAAAAUAGUGGUGAUGAAUUUGCAAUGAACCCUUAUAAGGUCAUGCCAUGCAAUUUGAGUCCUUAUUACUUUUGGUUUUAAGUGUUUUAGUCAUUGUGCUGUGGAGUGUGGACGAUGCAUUUUACAUACAUCGACUUCGUUUUUUUGUUGUGGUCUACUUCCUCACCACUUACCUUCCUUUCCCAUUCCUAAGUUCAGUUUCAGUCUUUCAGAGAUGAUCACUUCCUCUCUUAGUUUAUACUUGGAUUAAGAUCAAUGCAAUUGCUAUUCUCUUGCUACUUAAAUAAGGUUUAGAAAUGCAUAGUUUAGAGUUUCUCUUCUCAUUAGUCAAUUCUCAAGGACCUGCUAUCUUUCAAGCAUAUAAUACUGCAUUUGAUAAGCUGUAAAAAUCUUGGACCGCCAGAACCACAUCCAGAACCGGUUCUGAAAUUUAUGCAGCAUAAACAAUAUAGAGUAAAUUUUAAUAGUUAUUUGGAAGCCAUACAACCAUGUAUAUAUCAGCUCACUAAAAUUUGAAGGUCAACGCUAAUGUUUCACUAUAAUUUGUCAAGGACCAACCCUAUAAAAUGAAAAUGAAUUCUCUCUCUUAUCAUUUUGACGGCACAUGUUUUCCUGAACUCAUGAACUGAGCUCUUAUAGUCUUGUACAAACGAUAUUUUCAUCAGGAUGAAAAAAACACAAAGAUUCAAGAGCUUAACAGUAGCUUGAUAAUGAUAUGGCCCCUAAAGGAGAUGGAAGAACAUUCCAAUCAUUUCUCCAUUAAUAUCAAUAAUGUUAUCCAUAAAGUUAGAGAAAUAAAGUCCAAUACUUUCACUAAACCCCUCAGCUGAAUAAAACAACAAAAUACACACAGCUUCGCUUGUGUUCAUAAAACAAAGAAAUAUAGAGAAACUGUUUUAACCAGAAAAAAAAAAAAAAGAUUUAAAGACAAUGAUAAAUUACAUUGGCCAAUCAAAAUAAA